AUGAUGGCGCGAGGAUUACUUUUCGUCGCGGUGGCAGUCGUGCUACUGUCCUCGAUCGACGCCAAUGCCAAGAAGGAUCUCAAAGGAGACGUGGACCUCGACGAGCUUAAAGAAACAAACGAAACGACGGUCACGUCCAUCAAGAUCACCGACGACGCGUUGAAGAACGGCACGGAUAAAGCACGGCACAGCCAGCUGCAGAAGAUUCGUACCCUCCCGAGCAACGGAAGUCGACAAAAUGGCAGCCGGGAGCUGAUGCUGCCGAAGGGCGUGGACAUCGCGAAGGUCAUACCCGACGAUGCGACUGGCGGCGAGGAAGAACUACCAGAGCCACAGGAAUUGAAAAUCGUGAGGCCCAAUCUACGGAAACGACCCGGGUAUCGACCUCCACCGAGAAGACCGACUACGCUCAAUAGAAGAAACGUUUACACAGAUCUGUCCAGAACUCCUCUAAUUAGGCCACCCAGGAGACCCACGGAGAUAAAGCGCGAUCCAACGGAGAAAGAAUGUACUUUCUUUUCGAAGACAGUUUGCCUGGAAGCGGCCGACUAUCCUCACGAGGCGAUAGUCAGGAGUCUCAGGGGUAACAAGGAAAUGGUCGCAGCUUUGCUGACGGACUACAAGUCGCAGGACUUUGACGAGGCUGGAGACAGUUUCCCCAUCCUGCCUUUGGAAAAUAAAUACGAGAAUCGAUACGAGAGUAACGAAAUCAGAAGGAGAUCCGACACGAGUUCAGGAUUCGAGAACGUGGAAGAGGGUUUCACGUGUCCAUCGGUGAUUAAAUACGCCCGGCCGCAAUUGGCCCGAGCCGCUUCCGGUGUUUGGAAGUACAUAAUAAACACCGGCGAACACACGCAAACUCUGCGAUUAGAGAAGUGCUCGAAUCCGCAAUCGAGCUGCUCCUUCAUAUCGGAAAAUUACCGAUCCUCUUGCAUGCAAGUGUACAAUUAUCACAGGCUUCUGACCUGGGACAGCAAGCUGGGCCUGCACAUGGACAUUUUCAAGGUACCAUCUUGCUGCAGUUGCCACGUGCACGGCUACGCCGAGAUCUUCCCGCCUCAUCAAAAGGAUCCACCGUCGAGGAUCAAGGAAUCGUUUCCUGGAUCCGAUUUCGUCACCGAACAGAAGGAUGAUUUCGAGGAGACUUCGAAGUUGGAUUACUUGAGCAAGUUUGCCAAUGCUUUCGACUCCUCUAUUGGGUCGAGUAACAAGAAGCCUACACUAGAGGCCUCGCCGAGUCGACCAACUUUUACUCUUCCUGUGAGGCCGAGGCCCAAGAAGCCUUCGUCCACGAGUUCAAGGCCGUUCGAUAAGUUACCUCAGCAACAUGCACCUAAUACCAGAGCACCUGGGUACACAGGGCCGUUAACGAAAGGUUCCAGACCCAGCAGACCUAAUAGACCACCGUACAGGAGGGAAUCCACGUCUCACGUCGAGGAUAACGCCGAAACUGCGAACAGCACGAUUUUAAACAGGUACAGUCAGCCGUACGACCUGGAAAUGGACGCGACAUCGAGGCUACAAAAUGGCGGCUUCGACGACGAGUACCAGGAGCCGCAGAGGCGGAUCAAUUACAAUUACCAUCCGAUUAUCGACUUCUUUAGACCAGAGGCGAUGAUGUUGCAGUCGUCCGAAGGUUCAUCGACGUCGGAUCAAGACGAUCCCAAUUCGUGGAAGCCGUUGAUAGCGCCCUGA